AUGGAUAAUUUCUCCGAGGAUAGAAAGCGAGUUCACGACGAGUUAGACGAUGACUCGUUGGCCGAUUCUGCCGAGUCCAAGCUUAGAAGACUCAACUCAUCGGAUUUGAGAAUUGGGAAGCCAUGCACUAAGGAGGAUUUCAAUGUUGUCCAAGGUUCAUCUGCUAUUGCUGGUGAUUUGAAUAUUGAUGAUUUGGUGGAAUCUGAGGAGAUUCAGGAUGAGUUGUUACUCAAUAUUCUUGAAGAUUCAGACGUGGUAGCGGAGCGAGAUGAGAGUGCUAUUGAAGGUCUUGAACUUGAUUCGUUUAUUAAAAGCUUUGAGGAAGAGAUUCAAGGCGUCCCCUCGUCGGUGGAUGAUCAGAAUAAUAAUAAUGAAACCCCUCAAGCGGAACUCGGGUAUUUAUUUGGGGCGUCGGAUGAUGAGUUAGGGUUACCGCCGAGUGGAGGUUUGAGUAGUACUACGGAAGGGAAGAAGAUGGAGGCCAUUGAUUUUAUGCCUCCUGCUUCUUCUUGUUCUCCUGAUGUGUUCGAGUUGGAAGGAAAGUUGGGGUUUGAUGAUGACAUUCCGUGUUACGACUCGUUCGAGUUGGGAAUGGGGAUUGGUUCCGGUGCGGCGGUGGCGGAGGACAAUGGGUUGGGCGGUGGAGAGUUUGUUGCAUUGGGUGGUUUGUUUGAUUAUUCCGACGUGCUGUUUCGGCCGGAGUCUUUACCGGCUUUGUAG